AGCGCCGAUCUCUACGGUACAGCAUCCUCUGAAGCAACAGGAGUCCUAAAUGUACAUUUUGGGGAUUCUCUUAAUUUUUCCACUCUUCUGAUCUCCACAGGACUUUAAAUUGCUUCCCAAGAUCAAGUAACACAAAAUGUUCUUGGAAGUGCUGAACCCAAGGCAUUACAAUGUCACUAGCAUGGUGUCUGAAGUUGUGCCUGUUGCCAGCAUUGCAAUCCUGCUGCUCACUGGAUUUCUUCUCUUGGUUUGGAAUUAUGAGGACACAUCCUCAAUACCAGGUCCCAGCUACUUCCUGGGAAUUGGGCCCCUCAUUUCCCACUGCAGGUUCCUCUGGAUGGGGAUCGGCAGUGCAUGCAAUUACUACAACAAGAUGUAUGGAGAAUUCAUGAGAGUCUGGGUAUGUGGAGAGGAAACCCUUAUUAUUAGCAAGUCCUCAAGUAUGUUCCAUGUAAUGAAGCACAGUCACUAUAUAUCCCGGUUUGGCAGCAAACUGGGGUUGCAGUUCAUCGGCAUGCACGAGAAAGGCAUCAUAUUCAACAAUAACCCAGCGCUCUGGAAAGCUGUUCGACCUUUCUUUACAAAAGCUUUGUCCGGCCCUGGCCUGGUGCACACGGUGACCAUCUGUGCUGAUUCUAUCACUAAGCAUCUGGACAGGUUGGAGGAGGUCCGCAAUGACUUGGGCUAUGUGGACGUGUUGACCCUCAUUCGGCGCAUCAUUCUGGACACCUCUAACAUGCUCUUCCUGAGGAUCCCCUUGGAUGAAAGUGCCAUCGUGGUUAAAAUCCAGGGAUAUUUUGAUGCAUGGCAAGCUCUCCUUCUCAAACCAGACAUCUUCUUUAAGAUUUCUUGGCUGUGCAGAAAGUAUGAAAAGUCUGUCAAGGACUUGAAAGAUGCCAUGGAAAUUCUCAUAGAAGAAAAAAGACACAGGAUUUCAACAGCAGAGAAGCUGGAAGACUGCAUAGAUUUUGCCACUGAGUUGAUUUUUGCUGAGAAACGUGGUGAACUUACAAGAGAGAAUGUAAACCAGUGCAUAUUGGAAAUGCUGAUCGCAGCACCAGACACCAUGUCUGUUUCUGUGUUCUUCAUGCUGUGUCUCAUUGCAAAGCAUCCCCAGGUUGAAGAGGCAAUAAUGAGGGAAAUCCAGGCUGUUGUUGGUGAAAGAGACAUAAGGAUUGAUGAUAUGCCAAAGCUAAAAGUGGUAGAAAACUUUAUUAAUGAGAGCAUGCGAUACCAGCCCGUCGUGAACCACAUCAUGCGCAAAGCCUUAGAGGAUGAUGUCAUCGAUGGCUACCCGGUGAAAAAGGGGACUAAUAUUAUCCUGAAUCUUGGAAGAAUUCAUAGACUUGAGUUUUUCCCAAAGCCUAAUGAAUUUACUCUUGAAAAUUUUGCCAAAAAUGUUCCUUACAGGUACUUUCAGCCAUUUGGCUUUGGGCCCCGGGCCUGUGCAGGAAAGUACAUUGCCAACCAGGUGGUCCUCCUCACAUGA